AUGUCUACUGAUAUUAACUUGCACAGUUUCAACAAGGUAUUUCCCAACGGCAGAAUAUUUCUGUGUACAAUGGUUAAUGGUUUUUUUACAUUCGCAAUAGCAAUUGCUGCACUAUGUUAUUACUAUUUAUAUUCUGGGGGGACAACAAAAGUCGAAAUUGUUCGUCCAGUGCUCGAUAGAAUUUCAAUGCUCAACUCUUCGUUCUACACUGGAAAGAUUCAAAAUGAGGAUUUUGUAAUCAAAAACGAAUUCUAUGAUAUUUUCACAAACACUCUCAUUCAAAUGAAAAAUUGUCAAUUAAGGAUGAGAGGAUUUUAUGGAGAGAGUGGAAUUGGAAAAACAACAAUGCUAAAGGAAAGUUUAAAGACUCUCAAACCAUAUCCAUACUUUCUAAUAAGUCUAACUAAAACAACAACCAUUCAAGAAUUAGCCGAACGUAUGAACAUUUUUGUUAAGGGUAUUGCAAGGUGGUCCGAUAUUCAAAUUACAAUGAAUCAGUAUACAGGUUUACUGAAACAAACAGAACAAAUUUGCCCAAUUAUUGUUAUAGAUAACGCCAAUAGAAAUACAGAGAUUACAGAAAACUUUGUGAAUAUGAUACGAGAGUACACAUCAAGAGAGGUUGGGUUGUUAAUUGUGGCAUCUGAUGGCUAUUUUGAUGGAUUGGAUACAGCAGGAGGCAGACUUUGGACAUCGGAAUUCUCAGAGCCAUCCAAUGACUUUGGUGUUAAAUAUUUAAACAAGUUAAAUAAUAUUACUGAUGAACAAAUCAUAUCGCGGGUAUUGGAUAUAACUGGGACAAAGCCAGUAUAUUUAGAAUAUGUUAGGCAUUGUAUUAAUACAGGUUCAGAUGUGAACUAUAGAUGUUUACAGAAGAUCAUCGAUGGACUGGUGUUGCAUGAAAUUGAAUUGUUGCCAGUAGAGAUACAAAUAGAGAUUAGAAAAUUGGCUUUUCAAUUAUUAAGAAAGCCUAUUAGUACUAAUAUUUCUCUACCCUAUUCAAUGCCGGAAGAAACUCAAAAAAAGAUAUACAGGUCAAAUAUUUUAAGAAAAGGAAGAGGUAAUGAUGAUCUACCAAUUGUUAUAUUUCAGAAUAGGAUAGUUAAGAGAUAUUUUGAAAACUUGGUUGCAAAAUUAAAUAAAGAAUGA